AAAUGGCACAAGGGCCUGCGAUCGCCGUUGCCCCGCCCUGGGCUGGGAAUACUUCUGGGAAGGAUCUCGGCUCGGCGCGCUGUCCCUCCACCGUUCCGCUCGACAUCGUGAACUUCGAUGACCUCGCUAUCGACACCCUCCUGCGCGCUCGUCGUCUGUCCGCAUCCCAGGGUCAUGCCGAGAAGAGCACCUCGGAUAUUGGUCGCACGACAACGACAACGCGCAAGCCGCAGCGGACAGAUUGCUUCAUAUACCGCCUUCCAAAUGAGCUGCUAUGCGCCAUCUUCAUGAUGUGCGGAGAAGUGGAUGACGCGUUCCUUUACCCUCGGCACGACGUACACGACGCACUCCCCCCUCCCAUGCACCUCUAUAGCAGAGCGACCGUGCUCUUGGGCCACGUCUGUUUGCGCUGGUUCGCCGUGACGCGAGGCUCACGUCAGCUGUGGACCAUGGUGGAUGUCCCCUUUCCUCAACCAUGCGAUGUUGCUGCGCUGGAGCUCAGCCUCCGCUAUUCCAAAGGCUUGCCUCUGACUCUACGUAUCAACGGACACUACCAGCUGCCGAAGCAUCUGCACACUCCGGAGACGUACCAGAAAUUCAUGUGUCUCGUCGCAGCUGCGUCGCACCGCUGGGAGGAAAUAUCCUUCGUUGUGACCCAAGGCCCAUUCAGGCCCUUCGACGGCCUGCACCACCUCACAAGUCUUCCUCCCCAAUCAUUCCCCUCUAUCAAACGCGCGAUGCUGUACUUCUUCGGCGAUGACCACAGGCCUACAUUGCCUCUCUGGGAGAAUUUCUUCAGAUCGACGGCUCUCCGUUCAUUGCACUGGUACGGUGUCGGAUUCCGCGCUUCUUCGUCAUCUCUGGAACGCCUCACCCAUGUUGCGGUGGACCACAUCGACCCCAUGGACGUGAUGGAGUGCCUUCGCUCCUGCGGACAGCUGAGGUUCCUCAGGGCGAAGGUGAAGUCGCUUGAGAGCCAGCUCAUGGGCGAGGACGACGGCGCUUUGAUAGCUAAGCUUCCGUCGCCUGUCGACCUCCCUCACCUCCAGGUUCUGAUGCUCGCUGGCAUGUUUGAUUGGACGAAUCUCUUCGAUGGAAUCACCACACCUCGUCUGCACCGACUGGAUCUCAUCAACGCCGGAGUGCAAGCACGCGCCAUCGAAGCCAUGCUGCAGCGUUCGAAAUCACGACUAUUCAUGUUGGGCUUUGGCUGCGUGUAUUGUGGACAGACGCAAGAAACCGAAAAGAUCCUUCGCAGCCCUACGCUGCGUCAUCUUCGCAUAUUUCUCUACGAGACCCAUCCUCGCUAUACCGUUGGAGAGCCCGAAACUUUCGAUCCACGGCCCUUUCUACCCACGUACUUAUCACUGUAUACACGGGAAUUUGCGCAAGCAGACGAGGCUUACUGGAAUGGUGUAGCUACGAGAGACACUCCUAUGUGAUAUAAGGGUAUCAUCAUUUGUAGUCUAAUACACGGAAGAUUGCGAUUACGCAGUUGACAUGCG